GCUUCCAGAAGUCUUGACGAAAGAGGAAGAGCUGCCUUCCCUACUUCUCCACAUCCUCUCCAAGUGCCCAAAGGUGAUGAAAAUGAAAAGCAUGUAUUUAGUGGCUGGGUUGGUUUUAAUGAUUGUUCAAAGCAGCUGGCAAAAUCCCCUUCAGGAAACAGAAGAGAAAUCCAGAUCAUUCAAAGCUUCCCAGGCUGAACCAUUAGAUGACUCUAGACAGCUGAACGAAGUGAAACGGCACUCACAAGGUACAUUCACCAGCGAUUACAGCAAGUACUUGGACACAAGACGAGCUCAAGAUUUUGUACAGUGGUUAAUGAACACUAAAAGGAGCGGACAACAAGGACUUGAAGAGAAAGAGAAAGAAAACCUGCUGGACCAUCUCUCAAGCAAUGGACUCGCCAGGCGUCAUGCCGAGUAUGAGAGACACGCUGAUGGCACCUAUACCAGUGAUAUCAGCUCUUAUUUGGAAGGUCAAGCUGCCAAAGAAUUCAUUGCUUGGCUCGUGAAUGGACGAGGGAGAAGAGAUUUCUCAGAAGGAGCUGGUACAGCUGAAGAUGUUGGUAGAAGGCACGCAGACGGCACUUUCACCAGCGAUUACAACAAACUCCUGGAUGAUAUGGCUACCCAAGAGUUCUUGAAGUGGCUGAUUAACCAAAAAGUGACACAGAGAGAUCUGGUGGGAGAGUACCAAUAAGAUGCAGAAGAAAACGUGCAUAUCAGUUAAGGUCUUCAGUACAUCUGCUACCAGCCACCGGAGAUUUUUUUUGUCAGGCUUAACAUUCUGUACCCCAAAACCACACAGCUUCACAUGCCAGGAAAUGAGUUGCAUUGUUUUAUCCUGCUAUGAAACAAUUCUGUAGUAAAUAUACUUUCAUUAGCUGGACACAGCUACAUGGUUUGUUGGUGUAAAGGCUGUAGGUUUUCAGAUCUUUCUGUUUAUUUAAGGAAGAUCUCAGAAAUGUCCUAAACCACUGUGUUUACAUUUAGCAAUGUUAUUCUUUUUCUACUAAGGCAAACUGCAUAGAAAUAAUGCGACAAACAAAUAAAAAUACAACAGCAGCUACAAUGCUGGCAAGUUCAAAUUGAGUAGAAACGUCCUUCAUGAAACCUUUGUUAUAAAAAGGGGCCACU